CCACACUACCUUCUACCACAUCAUCAUCAUGGGCGUCCUCGACAUUGUCCCCGCUGGCGUCAUCACCGGCAAGAACCUCGUUGCUCUCUUCAAGCACGCCAAGGACAACCACUACGCCAUCCCUUCCUUCAACUGCACGUCGUCGUCGACCGUCGUCGCCGCCCUCGAGGGUGCUCGCGACUCGAAGUCGCCCGUCAUCAUCCAGGUCUCGCAGGGCGGUGCCGCCUUCUUCGCCGGCAAGGGCGUCAAGAACGGUAACCAGGAGGCGUCCAUUGCCGGCGCCGUCGCCGCCGCCCACUACGUCCGCGCCAUCGCGCCCACGUACGGCAUCCCCGUCGUCCUCCACUCGGACCACUGCGCCAAGAAGCUCCUCCCGUGGUUCGACGGCAUGCUCGAGGCCGACGAGGCCUACUACAAGGAGAAGGGCGAGCCCCUCUUCUCGUCGCACAUGCUCGACCUCUCGGAGGAGUCGAAGGAGGAGAACAUCGAGACCUGCGUCAAGUACUUCACCCGCAUGGCCAAGAUCGACUUGUGGCUCGAGAUGGAGAUCGGCAUCACCGGCGGCGAGGAGGACGGCGUCAACAACGAGAACGUCGACAACGCGUCGCUCUACACCCAGCCCGAGGACAUCCUCGACAUCCACAACGCGCUCCACGCCAUCUCGCCCAUGUUCUCGAUCGCGGCCGGGUUCGGCAACGUCCACGGCGUCUACAAGCCGGGCAACGUCGCGCUCCGCCCCGAGCUCCUCGCCAAGCACCAGGCUCACUGCCACGAGCAGCUCAAGAGCGAGAGCAAGCUCCCGAUCUUCCUCGUCUUCCACGGCGGCUCGGGCUCGUCCAAGGACGAGAUCACGACCGCGGUUCAGAACGGCGUCGUCAAGAUGAACGUCGACACCGACACCCAGUGGGCCUACAUGACCGGCCACCGCGACUACUUCCUCUCGAAGCAGGACUUCCUCAAGCAGCAGGUCGGCAACCCGGAGAAGGGCCCUGACGCGCCCAACAAGAAGUACGCCGACCCGCGUGUCUGGGUUCGCGAGGGUGAGCUCACGAUGAAGAAGCGCUGCCAGGAGGCGUUCCACGACCUCCUCAGCGAGGGCAAGCUCUAAACCGAGUCGACGAUUGAGCGGGCUGCGGCCGACCUUUGUGCAUGACUGAAAAUGAGCAGUACGUUCACCUGU